AAAAAAAAAAAAACCCCAUCUUUAACGAAAGCUAUAGUUGGUGGUGAAUAUUUUAUCUCAAUUUGUGAUUUAGAUUCGAUUGUGCUCACCACCCUUUUUUUCUAUCUUUCUCUGAAACCUGAGAACAGAAUGAGCAGAAGAAGCUUCCGUUUCAGAUAUUAGAGAGAAGAGGGGGAAAAAAUGGUGGGGAUUUUCUCAAAGUUCUCAGGUGGGAGAAUUGGGCACAGGAGAACUCAGAGCGCAGUGGAUGCGAGGCAAACAUUGGCACAGAAUGUGGAGGUUUUGGAUCCAGCUCCAGUGCCUACAGCCCAUGUAAUUGAAACAACAGUUGAAUUUAAGCCGGUUGAGCACCCAACUGAGCCUACCGAUUGUGACCAACCAGUUAAGUGCCCGCUCCCAGAACCUUCGAUACUCAAUGACGGAAGAAUAUGGAAAGAACGGAUGUCAUCUGUCAGUGCUAGAUUCAGAGGCGACUUGCCCGUUGUGAAGGAAGGCCCACACCUUGAACCCGAAGCAGUAGCUGGAAGUGAUAAGCCUCGGCCAAGCCCAACGAAACGGGGAAUAUUGCCCUCGUUGAGUGCUCCAGAGCACGAUCUUAUCAAACUUCUCGAUGACUGUAAUGUGGCUCAAGAUCAUAGUUCUGGGUUCAGAAGUUAAGAGAUUAUCACACUUCUCAGGUACUCGAAUGUUUUACUUGUUUUCUGCGCAUGUAUUCUGGGUGUAAUCAGGUUAAUAUGUGGAUUCAUUUGUAUAAAGGAGAGCUUUGAUUAUCUUCAUCUAGAAGAAUGAUUGAGAAUUCGAAAAGUUGUGUGUGAAAUAUCUGUGCCUAUAUGUAUCGGGGUAGUUUCUCUGAAGGACGUGAGCUAUGAUUAUUGUGGA